AUGGCCAUGUGCUGCGUGCAAGCGGAGCGCGUGUUCCCGGCCUCGGACUCCGACGAGGAGGUGUGUCGCCACGAGCUGCCCCUCGAGUCGCAGUGGGCCGAGGCGUGCUCGCACCGCCAGUACUCGCAGCCCUACGGCCCGCCCGCCGCGGCCUCCAACACGGCCUCCAACACGGCCUCCAACACGACCUCCAGGCAGUCGCGGCAGCAGCGCCACGCUCGCGCCUCGCAGCGCGGCGCCGCCGGCCACAGCGGCCACGCCCGCCGCUCCUUCUCGUCGUCCGUCGUGGCGGACCUGCGCGCCGUCGAGCAGGACUGCAUCUUGGAGUCGCCGCCGCGCGCCUCGCGCAAGGGCGCCAACACCUCGCCGUCGCCGUGCCGGCCGGACCGCGGCACGGACCCGGCCUGCUGGACGCCGCCGCCGCCCCCCGCCGCGGACUCGCCCCUGGACCCGCUGCCCGCCAUCGACCUCGCCGUGGGCGGCGAGCCGGUGGGCCGCGUGCGCCGCUUCCUGCGCGCCUUCCACCGCGAGCUGGGCGGCCGCGACCCGCCGCACGCCCCGCCAUGGGCGCCGCCGCUGCCGCCGGGCUGCAUGGCGCCAAACCGCAUGGACCCCGCGGUGUGCAUCGUGGCGCCGCCCGGGCCGGGCGACCUCCACGGCGGCCUGCAGGGCCUGCAGCAGCGCCUCGACAUCCGCCUGGAGCAGAUCCUGGCCCCCGUCCGCACGCACGACGGCGGCGUGCUGGAGGCGCCCCGCCGCGUGCUGGUGGAGGGCGGCCCCGCCAUGGGCAAGACCACGCUGGCGCUGCGCUUGCUGGCGGCCUGGGCCGAGGGCGCGCCCUGGAUCCCCCCCGACGUCACCCUCGCCUUCCUCGUGCCGCUGCGCGAGCUGCGCGGCAACACCCUGGCCAACUACCUGGGCAAGCAGCUGCUGCCCAAGUCCGCCGUGGCCGCCAACUUCGAUAAGGUUUGGCGCACGCUGCUGGGCCUGGAGGAGCGCCUGCUGUUCGUGCUGGACGGCUACGACGAGGCGGUGCGCGGCUACCCCGGCGUGCCGGGCGGCCGCGAGGCGCUGGGCGACGCGCUCGACCUGCUGGAGGGCCGCGUGCUCAAGGAGGCGCGCGUCGUGGUGACGUGCAACUCGGGCUGGGCCGGCGACGUGGCCGCCUACAUGCACCGCCGCGUGCUGCUGAGCGGCCUGCAGUGGCCGCAGGUGGACGCGCUGUCGCGGGCCUUCCUGGAGGACGACGACGCGGCGGACCGCUUCAUGGACGCCGUGCACGCCUCGGACGUGCUGCAGCCGCUGGCGCGCGCGCCGCUGGGCUGGAUGGCGCUGUGCGCGCUGUUCCAGGACACGCAGGACCUGCCCGAGGAGCCGCUCGAGCUGCACCAGGCGCUGUUCCGGUGCGUGGUGCGGCGCAGCCUGGCGCGCAGGGGGCAGACCCUGCUGCCGCCCGUCGGCCAGUCCUCGUCCGACAUCCCGCCCCACAGCAGGAAGGUGCUGGCCGACCUGGGCCGCCUCGCGCUCGUCGCCAUCAAGGACGACCGCUUCAUGUACACGGACAACGAGCUGCGCGUCCACUGCGGCUCCGCCGCGGGCGUGGCCUCCCUGGGCUUCCUCUGCCGCGGCCUCAACUUCGGGCGCGCCGCCGCCUCGCGCCGCGCCAUGGAGUUCUACACGCCCGUGUUUCGGCCCAUGGCCGAGUUCCUGGCCGCCUACUACGCGGCCUCGGUGGCGAGCUACGCCAACAUCCUGCGCCGCGACCUGCAGAUGCUGCCCGGCCUGGCGGAGGGGCUGGUGGAGGGGCUGGCGGAGGGGCUGUCCUCGCGGACCAUCCGGCCCACGGAGACGGUGCUGCUGCUCCUGCUGGGGCUGCUGGGCCGCCGAGGCCACCUGGUGCUGAGCCAGUUGUCGCCCCUGGACGCGACGCCGCGCUCCGUGUUCCCGCUGCUGCGCGCCGCCGGCGCCACCGAGGACAACGUGGACGCCGUGUGCCGCCUGCUGGGCGCCGCGGGCGGCCCGGGGCCUGUGCAGACCGUGCAGGCCACCGUGCACUGCCGCGAGCUGGAGCUGCACGGCUGGGCGUGCGUGCUGCGCGCGCCGUGCUGCACGCUGUCCUCCCUCGAGCUGGUCGUCUCGGCGGACGGCGACAGCAGGCUGGAGCCGCUGUUCUCGGCGCUGGCCAGCAACCGGUCCGUGCGCACCAUCCGCGUGUCCACGCUGCUCGGCCACGAGCUGUCCGCGCACCAGCUGCACCGCCUGGCCAAGCUGCUGCACUCCGUGCUGGCCCGCGCGCGCACGCACGCCUUCGAGCUGGUGGUGGCCUGCCUGGAGGACAGCGCGCACGACCGCUUCCAGUGCCUGGUGGACGCGCUGUGCGCCGGCUUGCGCUCGCCGUCGUGCGCCAUGUCGCGCCUGCUCGUCGACGUGAACCUCAGCUGCUCGCAACUGCAGCAGGUGCUGUCGUCCCUGCGCGGCUCGGCCGUGCGCACCUUGCAGCUGCCGCACCUGGGCUGCGGCUCGGCCGGCCUGCGCGCGCUCACCCAGCACCUGCGCCAGCACCACGCCAUCGACGCCCUCAGCCUGGCCGGGUCCUGGGGCGCGCGCAACCACGGCGCGUCCGAGAGUGGCGGCAGUGUCGGUUCGGGCGGCUCUGGCCCCGCGGGGUGCAGCGCCUUCUCGUCGCUGCCGCGCGGCGCGCUCGGCCUGCACGGCUCCCUGUCGCGGCCCGCCACGCUGCCCCGCCAGCCCCUCGCCGCGCACAUCCUGGGCGGCCCCGGGACCAACGACUCUGGCUACGGCAGCGCUGACACCAAGCGCGGCUCCGACUCGCUGCUGUGGCGCGGCCAGGCCACCGGGGCGCUGCCCGUGUGCGACGUGGCCUCGCACGUCGGCUCCGGCUUCCACGACGUGUUCGACGCCAUCCGGGACGCCAGCUGCCAGCUGCGCAACCUCAACGUCAGCAAGUGCCUGCUCACCCCGGGGGACGCUACCUGCCUCGGCGCCGCGGUCCGCGGGGGCUGCCUCACCGCGCUGCGACUGGAGGGCGCCGCGCGCCUGUGGGAGGUGCUGCCGGCGCUGCUCGCCCUGGCCGCCGACCCGCCGCUGCAGCUCCUGGACGCCUCCUCGCCCCGCCUGUCCCUGACGGACGGCCCCGCCCACCAGGUCUUCACCGCGCUCGCCAAGAACACCAACCUCCGCCUGCUGUCCCUGGACGGCUGGACCUUCCGCUUCGAGGAGGAGACGACGCUGCGCGACUUCGUGUCGCUGAUGAACCGCACGGGCGUCCGCGACCUCUCGCUGUCGGGCUGCCGCCUGCACUGCGUGGCGUCCGGCGGCUUGGCGCGCGGCGACGCCGAGCUGCAGGCCCUGCUGCUGGCCUCCCUGGCCGCCAGCGCGCCCGACCUCCCCGCCAGCCUCGCCGCCACGGACCUGCUGUUCCUUCGCCUGGCCGGACUGCAGGUGUGGGUGCGCGACCGCGUGGCGCUGCGCGGCCCCCAGCUGCUGCCGUUCCUGCGCGGGCUGGGCUCGCUCCGGGAGCUGGACCUGAGCGCCGAGCGCGAGGACGCCACCGGGCCGGCCACCCCCGGCCCCGGACAGCCUGGGCCACUCGUCGUCGACGACAGGGCCCUGACGGCGUUCUGGGCGGGCCUGGCGGAGAACCUGCGCUCGCUGCAGACGCUGCACAUGGCGCACUGGCGGCUGCGCCUGGACGACCCAGACAAGACCCUGAAGGCCGUCGCCAAGUCCAUGCGCAGCUGCCCCCUGGUGGCCCUGCGCGCGGACGGACUCAUCGCCUGCGACCCCAACAAGACGCCGCUGGAGCACCAGUUCCUGCAGACCGCCGCCGCCAGCCUGUGCUGCCUGGGCCGGCUGGGGAUGUCCGGCGUGGCGCUGUCGGCGCCGCACGCCACCACGCUGGGCCGCCACAUCCGGGACCGCUUCCCGGGGGCGUCCCUGUCGCUGCACGUGGGCAACGUGGCGAGCGCGGCCGUGGCGGCGCUGUCCGCCGCGCUGCAGGACGGCGGCAAGGUGGAGGUGGCGUGCCUGCCCGGCACGGCCGGCAUGCCGCCCCAGCUGCGCGUCAACCGGGUGGUCAGCGCCACCAAGUCCAGGCGCUUCCGGACGCGCUUCUCCUCGCUGCGCGACUAGAAGCACUGCCAGCACAAGGAGUGCGUGGACUUGGACUGCGUCCGGGCCGCCGCGGGCACCGGACCGGCCCCACAGUGGGGCCGCAGGGACGCCUUUUCGGCGCCCCUCUCGACGAGCGUAUGCCCAGCCUCCAGUGUCUCGCGCUCUUUCUGACUGCUCUCUUGGCUCCCCCGGGGGGGUGAGCGGUGGGCGGGGGCCUCCCUGAAUAUGGUGCCAUAUCUUUUUUGCAGACUUGAAUCUGCAACUGUAAAUUGACCAUUUGGAACUCUGUAUUGUGGCUCUCGCGUCGAAAAGGCUGUAUUUAGGGUCUUGUGCCCCUGUGACCCACAGUCUCUGCCUAUUGGCAAUCUGUUCAGUAUUUAAACAUUCCAGAAAGGGGCACCAGAGUGUUGCCUACGAUUGGUGUUUAUCUCAUAUGAAUAUUUCCCUGCUUGCAUUCCGAAUAGUGUCCUUUGGAUGAGAUAUCUGCAAGCAAAAUUGUUAAAAGAGCUGGACUCAAAAAAAAAAAAGGAAAAAAAAGAUUUAUCAAUUAAUCUUUGUUCAGUGUUUGUGAGAAUUGACUGUGCAUCAAAACUUCUUGUUGUUUCCCUCCCUCCAUUUUAUUUCAUUGUUGUUAGAGAUGCAUGUUUAGCUGCUACGUACCAAGUCAUUCAGUUUUCCAGUUUCGAAAGUCACUCCCUUUUCCAUUUCCUCAUCAGCCAGCUCAUUUCAAAUUUCAUAACAUUCCUUUCAAACAUCGAUUUAAUGUUGGGGAGAUCGUUAAUUCCAUAAUUAGCAUCAAAUAUUGACUUGAGUUUUGAUUGCAUCUAAAUACAAAGUUCAUACUAGUCAUUUGUACCAAAACUAUUGUAGCUUUAACUGCAUCAAACAACCCCUUAUACAAUUACUGAGUACAAAAAGAGGUCUAGACUUGCUAGACUAAACAAGUUUCUAUUUGUGUUUUUGUUAUUUAAAGACAUGUGAUGCACAAAUUGGUUUUGCCCUUGUGGCAAUUAAAACAUUAUGUUAUCUUGUCAAGGCACCCUCCCUUUAUACAGUAAAUAAUACUAUGUUGAAGUAAUCCUUGGUUGUAAAUUACUUUUUAUUUUUUUACAAACAUUGUGAGCUGAUUAAUUUUCAGGCACUGGUAGUUAGGAAAACUCAUUGACAUUUCAAAAGCACUGUAAACAAGGUCCUUAAUGGCCCUCUUAAAAUACAAAACUUAUUUAUAAUUAUUAGUUUAUAAUACAUUGUUUUGUUUUCCCUAUACAAAUAAAGAAUUAAUUUAUAUAA